AUGUCUAUCAAUACGCAACAGUUCAUAAUGGAAAAUUUACAGACAGACACCGCGGCAUCGGCUCAAGCUGGUGCAUAUUUUCCGAGUGAAUUCGCCUCGUGUUUAGUGUCUCACGGCCCGUGCUUUUCGAAGGGCGGCGGCGGCGGCGGCGACGACAUCUUCGAGAAAUGUCAAGAUUGGACCCAGUUAUACUUGAACUUGGAGAAUUCUGUUUUAAGCCUCAAAAUCCAACUCGGGACAGGAUUUCUAGUUUUACAACGAAUAUCCAUCACCAGGCUUCUCAGUGCUCCCGGCAUCGCCGGAAAUGUGUGCGGCUUCUCGAGAACCAACAUUUCGUUACUAUGGAGCCCUUCGUGGACCCUUUGGUCACACUUUGGCUACUUCGACGUGCGGAUGAAAAUGCGGGAAUCCUUCGUGUUCAAGGCAUUGUGGGGUUUCGACGGCCCCGGAUAUAUCUGCAUCUUGACAUGA